UGAUGCCGGUGCUGUGAGAGCACAGCCCACCGCUCCCCCGCGAGAUAAGAGAGGCCUUCUCGAGACUCCGAGACGGUAAGCUUUGGGAGGAAAGCAUGGCGUUUGAACCCCCUGGGUGCUGUGGUCCUGUGGUCCUGUCCAGAAUCAGAUAUAGUCGCCCAUUUGCCCCGGCCCCUUCUACUUCCUCUUGCUGUUAUUAAUACUGUGUGUCCGCAAACCUGCAUCCCGUCGCGGCUGACCUUCCGCCACCCAAACCGACCCCCAUCCCACCUGCAUACGUCAGUCACAGCUACAUACUGCAUUCGGCCGGCCCAGGAACCUACCUGUUUGGGACUGCCGCGCCAUCACCGACACCACCACUCAAGCCCAAUCAUUUCCCUGCCCUAGGCAUCGCCAGAACCACCUGCAACCGACUGGUUGGCCUCCGUCCUUGCUCCGUUGCAUUUAUCGCCCCUAGAAUCCAUCUCGUUCAUCCGUUCAUUUGUUAGAUUACCUCGCUGGCCGCCGGGCUCUCGUCUUCUACCUAGGCCACUCAGCUUUUUGCCUCGCUACUCCAACGACGCUUACAUCCGAAACGUCCACCACCUCCUAACAUCGCCAGAGCUCGCGUGCGCGCCUGUGGAUGCUCAAGGCGGCCUGAUUCCGGCUUUCACAGCCAGGUCCACCAUGUGCUCGCCCUGUCAGACGGCAACAGUAUGGCGAAACCAAAGAAUGGACGGCUACGGCUCAAUCCGAGGCCGUUAUGCGCCACUGUCUUCCUCAUGACCCUGCUGGCCACCUACUCCCUCUUCAUAAAAGACUGGACUCCAGAUCCGGCCGCACCAGCUAGCCUGUUUGCAAGGGAUGCCGAGGAUGUCUGCGACGAUGUUCACCAGGCCCAGGACCAGUGUGCCUUCGUGCGCGCGCAUUGCCUCGACGACGAGCCUGGCCUGGUCUCCUAUCUCACUUUCUACUAUUGUAGCCUUGGCAAGGUGAAACCCAUUGCCUUUUCUCUUUUGGCUCUCUGGCUCGGCCUACUCUUCUCCACCAUCGGCAUUGCCGCCAGCGACUUCUUCAGCAUCAACCUCAGCACCAUCGCCAGUGUCCUCGGCCUGCCCGAGAGCCUGGCUGGUGUCACCUUUCUGGCCUUCGGGAAUGGGUCUCCCGACGUCUUCAGCACCUUUGCUGCCAUGAACUCUAACAGUGGUAGCAUGGCCAUAGGCGAGUUGAUUGGCGCCGCUGGUUUUAUCACCGCCGUUGUUGCUGGCUCCAUGGCCCUGGUCCGCGAGUUCAAGGUCAGCAGAAAGACAUUCGUGCGCGACAUUAUCUUCUUUAUCCUCGCUGUGAGCUUCACCAUGGUGUUCCUCACCGAUGGUAAGAUGCAUCUGUGGGAGUGCGCCUUCAUGAUCGGCUUUUACGGCUUCUACGUCUGCUUUGUGUUUGGGUGGCACCUGGUCACCUCAUCAAGGCAGAAGCGGCGCGCUAAGCAGGUGGUUGCCCACAACCACUAUUCGGGUGCCUCUAUCCAUGUUGGGGACGAAAUCGAGCCCUAUCAUGAUGAUCCAGACGAGGACGAGGACGACGGAACAGUGGGUUCACGCCGGGGCUCCACCCGCCCACCAGACAUCAGCGCUUUAGAGAAUGGCCCCCGGAUCGACGCGGACGGGUCGUCGCAGGAUGACGACGACGACGAGCAGAAGCGGCACAUUGCUUCCGAGAUGACGAGCAGCAUGCGUGUCAACCGGCCCCGCGGCAGAAGAAGCCACACCACAAUCACGCCUAUCAGGCCGAGCUUGGUGGGCGCACUUGAGUUCCGGUCCAUAUUGUCCUCCUUACAGAGGUCUCGCAAAAUGCGCAUGGCUCCACUGAAUAGAGGCUAUUCUGACUAUAACUCUGCCGGAAUUUUGGUUCGAAGGAACACAGAGGAUUUGCUACAAUUUGGAGCACAGGACCACCCAGCACCCACAGCACAGCCGUCACUGACAAGGGACAGAGCCUUGUCUUCGGGGGAUGCGCCUCGUAAUUUCCAGAAUGAAAAUAUACUGUCACCACCGCUAGUCAAAACCACCUCGGCGUCGGAGGAGACACUACAACAGCCUGGACAUGCAACGCAAGGGCCGACAACCAGAAGUCCAUCGAUGUCAACUACACGUACGCGCGAAGGCAGCCUGCUCGUCCCAAUGGAUCCUCGUGCGCCUGGGGAUGGCGGAAGGGAAAGAACGCCCAGCCCUGCAGUCACGACCACGAGAGAUGGCCGCCUUGCUCCGCCCGACAUUCACCAGCGGCUACCCGCGCAGUCUCCGGAGCUGGGUCCAGAGCAGUCAGAACCCACGAGGACGAAGGCAUCCACCCCGGCGCUUUCUUUACAGAUACCCAGCCCAAAGCUGGGGCCAAGUCAAGCAUCUUCGCCCUCCUUAUCGCCUUUUCCAGGCUAUCACGACUCGCCCGUGCAGGAUGGCCGACGUUCUCCCCAGCGUGGGCGGCCACAUUCGAUGUUGCUGCCACAUCCGACACUGGAAGAUGACCAUAUCCCGGGCCUUGAUCUUCCUGAAUCGCCAAGGCCUGUUAGAUGGUGGCCUUACAACGUGUUGCCACCCCCGCAUGUUCUCUGGCGAACCAUGUUGCCGACUCUGCAGGGUUGGCGAGAGAAGAGCAUCUGGGAUAAGUUGUUCAGCGUCUUCUCGACACCGACAGUCUUCUUUCUGGUGGCUACGCUCCCAGUGGUUGAGACCGAAGAUCACUGCGACGAUCUGCCCGCGGAGGCCGGUGUCUCGUCGGCCCAGACCCCCAGUGGUCUGGGUCUUAAUCCUCCUGCUAUCUCUGUCGAGAACCAAGCAGCGAUACAGCCAGAAACUGAGUGGCAAGAGUACCGCAGACGCGCACGGUCCACGAGGUCUCGAUCAUCAAGUGCUUCAAGAUACGCCUUGAGUGCUGGUGUUACUCCCGAAUUAGCACAUCUACAGGAAUUCCCAGGCCUCCGACCUCCGUCGUCAAGCGCGCAAACCGUGCCACCAAUUGCGGUAGACGGCCCGGGUUCAGAGCCCACAACACUUGAUGAUGAGCCUGGCGGUUGGAACAGGUGGCUCCUUGCGCUUCAGCUAUUCACAGGCCCACUGUUCACGAUGUUCAUAAUCUGGGCUAAGUACAUGAAUUCACCGAUGAAGACCUUGGUGAAGAUGGUACUAUAUUCCCUCCUCUUUUCGCUCAUACUUCUUGCUGUGUUACUUCUUUCCACUACCCCGGACAAGAAGCCACGCUAUCAUUUCCUCUUCUGCUUCCUGGGCUUCAUCAUCUCGAUAGCGUGGAUUUCAACGAUCGCUGAAGAAGUCGUCGGAGUCCUCAAAGCGGCUGGCGUCAUCCUCGGUAUGUCCGAGGCCAUCCUCGGCUUGACUGUCUUCGCCGUGGGUAACUCGGUCGGUGACCUGGUUGCCGACAUCACUGUCGCGCGUUUAGGCUAUCCUGUCAUGGCUUUAUCUGCCUGCUUCGGCGGCCCCAUGCUAAAUAUUCUCCUUGGCAUCGGACUUGGAGGAACGUACAUGAGCAUACAGGGCGCAAAACACCAUCACAAGAAACAUCCGGAUGAGCCCCUGCACUAUAAAUCGUACCAUAUAGAGGUCACGGGCACCUUGUUCAUAUCCGCCCUCACGGUACUGGUGACACUGGUCAUGCUCCUCAUCUUGGUCCCAACAAAUAAGUGGAUGAUGACCAGGAAGAUUGGUAUCAUCUUGAUUACACUGUGGACUGUGAGCACAAUUAUCAAUGUCAUUGUAGAGGCUACGGGGAUAUGGGGUGCAGUGGCUUGAAGGGGUUCAACAAGAGCACAAGUAGAUAUAUUUAUAAGUAUUUUAUUCAUUCUGUUGUAUUAAAGGGGUUGAGUGAUGGUUUGGGCUCUACCAUAGACUGUGCCUUAACAAUAACUAAUAUCCGAAAAUACAACUAUCUAGGCAG